CCCAUCCGGGCACUUGGCGCAGCGCUACUGCUCAGCCCGAGCGGUCCCAAUAUGGCGGAGGCUUCCUUUGGAAGUUCGAGCCCAGUUGGCUCUUUAUCUUCUGAGGAUCAUGAUUUUGACCCUACUGCUGAAAUGUUGGUACAUGACUAUGAUGAUGAGAGAACUCUUGAAGAGGAGGAAAUGAUGGAGGAGGACAAAAACUUCAGCUCUGAAAUUGAAGAUUUAGAAAAGGAAGGAAGCAUGCCUUUAGAAGAUUUAUUGGCUUUCUAUGGCUAUGAACCUACAAUUCCAGUUAUAGCAGGUUCCAGUGCAGAUAGCUCCCCAAGUGAACUUGCGGAUGAACUGCCAGAUAUGACUCUGGACAAAGAGGAAAUAGCUAAAGACCUCUUGUCAGGUGAUGACGAAGAAACACAGUCUUCUGCUGAUGACUUGACACCAUCAGUUACUUCACAUGAAGCUACAGACUUCUUUCCUCGACCAUUAAGAUCAAACACUACAUAUGAUGGAGAUAAGGAAUCAGAUGGUGAAGAUGUUGAGGCAGACACUGGUAAUUCAUCUGAAGAUUUGAGGAAGGAAAUAAUGGUUGGUUCACAGUAUCAGGCUGAAAUACCACCUUACCUGGGCAAGUUCAGUGAUGAUGAAAAGGUGUAUGAAAAUGAAGAUCAGUUACUUUGGAGACCUGAGGUGGUUUCAGAGAUUAAGGUUGAAGAAUACCUUUUUGAGACCUCGUUAAGAACUGGAAAUGAAAAAAAUAUUGGAAGAAUUCCUGAAGGAAUACACACACGGGACAAUGAACAAGCACUCUAUGAACUACUCAAAUGUAACCAUAAUAUAAAAGAAGCAAUUGAGAGGUAUUGCUCAAAUGGAAAGGCAUCUCAAGAAGAGAUGACAGCUUGGACAGAAGAAGAAUGCAGAAACUUUGAACAUGCACUUCUGAUUUAUGGGAAGGAUUUUCAUCUCAUACAGAAAAAUAAGGUAAGUUUUGUACUUAAAUUGGGUGGAGAGAAUGGUAGUUUAGUCACUUAAAAUCUAUAAAAGUAAUUAAUUUAGCAGAAGCAGUGCCUGCAGUGAAAUAUGAGGCAAUGUAUUAUAGCUCAUUUGUCAUUUGCAUGCUAACUUUACCACAAACAUCAUUCAUCAGUCAAUGUUUUCAAGAUCAGUCAACCUAUUAGUCUCUGCAAUAGUGUUAUAUUCACAUUGCAUUCAUUUAUGCAUUUAUAAUAUAAUUUUGUUGUGUUAUACUCUAUGCUGCUCUGGCUUUGCGCUGCUCUGGAUUCGUUCUCUGAGUUUAGACCAGGCAAAAUAAUCAUACCUUAUUUAGCCUAGCUAUCUCAUAGCCACCAGGGGCAUGGGGUUCUGCAGCCACACAGGACUCAGCCACUAAGGGUACGUCUACACUGCAC